GGCUCCCGCGAGGGGGAGGGGAGGAGGCCGCGCGCACCCGCGCGUGCGUGAGCUGGCGCGCGAGAAAGGGCCCGGUCGCGCCGAGGCUCGAGCGGCCGUCGCCAUUUUGUCGGGUUCUCUCUGACGCGGGAGCCGCCGCCACCGCCGCCGCCACCGGGAGGCUCUUGUCAGGAUGGUGAAGCUGUUCAUUGGAAACCUGCCCCGGGAGGCCACAGAGCAAGAGAUCCGCUCACUCUUCGAGCAAUAUGGGAAGGUGCUGGAAUGUGACAUCAUCAAGAACUACGGCUUUGUGCACAUAGAGGACAAGACGGCGGCCGAGGAUGCCAUACGCAACCUACACCACUACAAGCUGCAUGGGGUGAACAUCAAUGUGGAAGCCAGCAAAAACAAGAGCAAAGCUUCAACCAAGUUACAUGUGGGCAACAUCAGUCCCACUUGUACCAACCAAGAGCUUCGGGCCAAGUUUGAGGAGUAUGGCCCAGUUAUCGAAUGUGACAUCGUGAAAGAUUAUGCCUUUGUACACAUGGAGCGGGCAGAGGAUGCAGUCGAAGCCAUCAGGGGCCUUGACAACACAGAGUUUCAAGGCAAAAGGAUGCACGUGCAGUUGUCUACCAGCCGGCUUCGAACUGCCCCCGGGAUGGGAGACCAGAGUGGCUGCUAUCGGUGUGGGAAAGAGGGACACUGGUCCAAAGAGUGCCCAGUAGAUCGUACUGGGCGGGUGGCAGACUUUACUGAGCAAUACAAUGAACAGUAUGGAGCAGUGCGCACACCCUAUACCAUGGGCUAUGGGGAAUCCAUGUAUUACAAUGACGCCUAUGGAGCACUCGACUACUAUAAGCGCUACCGGGUCCGCUCUUAUGAAGCGGUGGCGGCGGCGGCUGCUGCUUCUGCAUACAACUAUGCAGAGCAGACCAUGUCUCAUCUGCCUCAAGUCCAGAGCUCAGCUGUGACCAGUCACCUCAACUCUACUUCUGUUGAUCCCUAUGACAGACACCUAUUGCCGAACUCUGGUGCUGCUGCUACCUCAGCUGCUAUGGCUGCUGCUGCCGCCACCUCUUCCUCCUAUUAUGGAAGGGACAGAAGCCCACUGCGUCGUGCUACAGCUUUGCUCCCCACAGUUGGAGAGGGCUACGGUUAUGGGCCAGAAAGUGAGUUGUCUCAGGCUUCAGCAGCUACACGGAAUUCUCUGUAUGACAUGGCCCGGUAUGAGCGGGAGCAAUAUGUGGACCGAGCACGGUACUCAGCCUUUUAAAAACUGGAGGUAGGAUAAUUGCGGACUGAACCCUCGGGCUGCGGUCAUAUAUGAGAACUUGCUCCGCGCGGUCCCCUUUGCCGGGAUGUUUCCAUUGCUUCAUGUUUCAGUAAACAGAGGAGUUUGAGACCAACUAUGUUUUCUUUCUUAAUUUAAUUCUUCUAAGUUUACUUUUCUUUCCUCCUGAUACUAGUCUUAGUAGCCUUUCACUUUGUUCCUUAUAUUCUCAGCCUCAGAUCAUCCCUAGGUAAGGAUUAUGCUGGCAUUCCCUUUUUCCUGUACAGUGGAACCCCUCUUAUCUUGCUUUCCCUAGGAUUUGAACCCUUCCUCCCUGCCUACCUACAGCAUCUCCCUUUAAAAUGACCAUGUAGUGGCAAACAGCCUUUUACUCUUCUCUGUUAGCUCUGGACUCUUAACAUUGAAGCUAAUCUUCUGAAAUUGCUAGGACCAUUGGGGGUUUUGUUGUUGUUUUUGUUUGGUGUUUUUUUUUUUUUUUUUUUGGUCUGACCUGUGAUCGUGGUACAGCAUUAGCUGAAAUUUAGCCUUGUUUUAACUCCACUCCUCCCACUUUUAUUUUUAUUUUUUUGACAAAUAAAUAUUUCUAACACU